CUACACUCUCGUACACUCAAGAAGCUCGAUUAAUGAACAGCGGUGUACUUCACGGCAGUGGUGGUCUCGCGGGUCGCGGGACGUUGGACGGAACGGGAAACACACGCUCUCAACAAGAGAGAGAAAACGAUCGACUGUACCUCGAUGCGCGAUCUCUCGUUACGCACGUUGCGACCGCGUGGCUAUACGUAGCUUUGAUCUCCUAUCGGUUUGCCGCCGUUGACUAGUGCCAGUAUCCGAGGCUCGGCGAUUUAGGCACGCGAGUACGCACGCACGUACAAACGCGCGCAGCACGCACGCACGCACGCACGAUAGUGAGAAUGGGCGACAGAGGCAGAGGGGACAUCGCGUCAGCGUCGCCGGCGACAGCGGAGGAUGUCGCCAAGGCGGAAUUAUACAAGGAGGAGGCGAACGAGUAUUUUAAGAAUCAAGUAUACGACAAAGCUAUUGAAUUAUAUACCAAAGCCAUAGAAUUAAAUCCAUUGGUAGCUGUGUACUUUGGCAAUAGGAGUAUUGCUUACCUGAGAAUAGAAUGCUUUGGAUACGCAUUGACAGAUGCGUCCACAGCUAUCGAGUUAGAUAGAAAUUAUGUCAAGGGAUAUUAUCGAAGAGCUGCUGCUUAUAUGUCUCUCGGCAAGUUCAAAUUGGCUCUCAAGGAUUACAAGACUGUUGUAAAAGCCAGGCCCAAUGAUACAGAUGCAAAGGACAGAUACAUGGAAUGUCACAAGAUGGUUAAAAUGUUAGCUUUUAAUAAGGCAAUUUCUGUCGAGGAUAAAAAAAAUAUAGCUGACACAAUUAAUCUAGAGGACAUGGCCAUUGAAGGUGAAUACACGGGACCUAAAUUAGUUGAUGGAAAAGUCACGCUGGAAUUCAUGAAAGAUUUAUUAGAAUGGUACAGAAAUCAAAAUAAGUUGCAUCGAAAAUAUGCUUACAAAAUCCUGUUGGAUGUUAAAUCAUGGUUCAUGGCACAACCUAGUUUAGUGGACAUUACAAUUUCAGAAGAACAAAAAUUCACUGUAUGUGGUGACAUACAUGGUCAAUAUUAUGACCUACUUAAUAUAUUUAAAUUAAAUGGAUUGCCAUCAGAGACUAAUCCAUACUUAUUCAAUGGAGAUUUUGUAGAUAGAGGUUCUUUUUCUGUAGAAUGCAUAUUUACUUUAUUUGGAUUUAAAUUAUUAUACCCAAAUCACUUUUUCAUGUCAAGAGGUAAUCAUGAGUCAUCAACGAUGAAUCAAAUGUAUGGAUUUGAUGGUGAAGUCAAAGCUAAAUAUUCUGUUCAGAUGGCAGAAUUAUUUACUGAGGUUUAUAACUGGCUCCCUCUUGCACACUGCCUCAACCGUAGAGUACUUGUGAUGCAUGGUGGAUUGUUUUCGCGGGAUGAUGUAACGUUGCAAGAAAUUAAAGAAAUCGACAGAAACAGACAACCACCUGACGAAGGAUUGAUGUGUGAACUAUUAUGGUCGGAUCCACAACCGCAAAUGGGUCGAGCGCCCAGCAAGAGAGGUGUGGGUGUUCAAUUUGGACCUGACGUUACACAAAAUUUCCUUAGGAUAAACAACCUUGACUACAUCAUAAGGAGUCACGAGGUGAAGAACGAGGGAUACGAAGUGGGACAUGAUGGAAAGUGUAUCACAGUAUUUUCUGCUCCAAAUUACUGUGAUACUAUGGGUAACCGAGGUGCCUUUAUCACACUUAAUGGCAGUGAUAUGAAACCUUAUUUCACGUCAUAUGAGGCAAUGCCUCAUCCAAAUGUAAGGCCGAUGGCUUAUGCCAAUUCUUUAUUAAAGUUCAUGUGCUAGUGGAACAUCUCUUAGGUAUUAUUGAAAAAAAUGAAUAACUGAAAUAUAAGUAGUCCAAUCAAAGUGUGCAUAAUAUAUUUGAUACUGAAAUGGGGAAGGUAAGAGACUUUAGGCUUCUCCCCAACAAUAAUUAUAUUCUUUUUAGGAGAUCACAAUGAAUUUCCUAUAUUAUAAAAUAUAUGCAUGUGAAUUGCAUAUAAUAUUGAUGGGUACAAAAGCGAGAAUGGUUUGCUUAUUUUUAUAAUAAGCAAACAAAUCUAUCAGUUUCUUAUCUAUGAUAAGAAAGCACACGACUCAUCAAAUACUAGCGAUUUGUGUUCGUUUGUAAUAAAAUGGCGCGAAGAGAACGUUUCUAUUUUGUACCCUCAAUCUAUCGCCACCUUGCUCGUUAAAGAUACCUACGUACGCGUAAAUAUGAAAAGAACAAAGAAUUUUGAUCUCGAAAAUAUUUCCGUGUGAAGAAUUUUAAUUGUAUAAUCUAUUAUUUAUAUGAAGCGCUGAGUCUUAAACUUUUAAUUGAUUCUUUAACGACCAAUGGUGGAGUUUCAAUGAAAUAUAGUAAUUAUUAUGAGAGAAUACAUCAAUGCAUAGCAAGAAAAAAAACUAGCAUAAUUAUGUAGUACAAUCUUCCAGCCAAUCACUAUUGUCACGUUAUUUGUGACAAUUUUUUUACAAAUAUCUAUUGUGAUUGGAAGGACUUCUUUGAUCUAAUAUUUUGUUUUUUGUUAAUAAAUGAUGUUUAUGAUGUA